AUUAUUGAUCAAAGUCUUUUCAGAAUAUGGUCAUAUAGUUUGUAUAGAGAUUACGAUAGGAGAAAUAUUAUGUACUGCAAAUCAGUUUGUAACUCAAAAGGAAUUCUGUCAAAAAUGGACUGUGUCGAAAGAUUGUGUUAAAACUAUGUUAGUGAAUCUACUAGAAAAAUUCAAUAUGGAUGUUCCAAAUAAACUUAUUGCACAUUACCAUUCAGUUAAUUUAAAUGAAAUAGAAACUUGGUUAAAUGAUAUUUCCAAGAAGAAAAGUUUAUGGUCUUUAGCAAAUCAACCAGUACUAUUUCCAUUAUAUAAAAUUCUUGAUGAUAAAUACAAAAGACAAAUCGAAAAUAUAUUAAAAAAUAAACAAAAGAUUCUAAUAACAGGGGUUACAAAACUUAGUAGUCAUAAAAUAUGUUACUACAGAGUCAAUUUUGAUAAUUAUCUAACAAGCAAUGAUUAUCAAGUUAUAGGAUCUGUUGUUAAGAAUAACAAAAGAUUAGAUUUAAACGGAUUUAGAAGUUUUUGGCAACUAAUUGGUGAACCAAAGGCUGUUGGAUACUUCAGCAAUUGUACUAGAAAUACUAAAAUAUUUUGUGAAGAAUUAAAGGUUGAAAUUUCAAGUAGGAAAACUUCCUGUCGAAUUAAUAUAGAAGAUGAGUUAUCACCAGGAUGUAUCAUCGCAACUUCUGUCCAAUAUCCACUCUCAAAUUAUGAACAUAUAAUUCAAGUGUUCAUGAAAUCUUGGUCUGGUAAACAGAUUGACUUAGAUAUUAUCAAUCGCUCUUUUGAUUCAUUGUUUAUAUUUGUAACUGUACAAUUAUAUGUGAUUAAUCCCAAUCAACAAGAAUCUGUUAUUCCAGAUAAUACAACAAUUCCUAAAUUUAAUCUGAGAUAUGAUUUAACGUACGAAUUCAAAGUUUAUGAAGUUAAUAAACCAAAAGUUCGUUAUGUGAUAAAGGAAUACAAAUACAAAACAAGAGAUGCAUUUGACAGAGAAUUACGAAUGUUAGAUGAAUUAAAAAAUACAGAAAAUAUUAUUCAAUUGAUAAAUAAUUAUCCAUCACAAGCAAUUAUGGUACUCGAAUAUGCUGUUUAUGAUUUAGAAACAUUUUUAAGUUAUUAA